GUUAAAUGUUAUUGACCAGAAUGUGUUCCGGAUCAGUAAUCUAUUGGCAGAGAUAUAAGCCCUUUAAUUUUUGGAUGUUUCCUAUUUAAUCAGCCAACAUUUUUUUUAAUGUUCUGGGCCUUGUGAGUAAUGCUGGUACCAGUGUUAUACCUUGCAAUGCUAUGAUAUUCAAUUAUGGAGGAUACUGUGUGUGAGUGUGUAGGAGUAAGCGUAAGAAUGUCUUGAAAAGAGUCGAACUUUCCAAGUUGAGGUUUCUGAGUUGCAUUUAAAAUUUCAAAGGCGAAUCUUUUUCAGAGAUGACCCGUGAUAGACAUGAUUCCAGAGUAACUGCCAGUUGGCACAAACUGCAUUACCAGAGUUACUAUAGUAGGUUUUAUGCCUCCAGAACUGAAAGGACUUAAUUUUAGGUUACAGCCAAGAUACUAUUUGCCAAAGAACAUGAGUUAAGUUGUCAACUGGGAAAUCCAGAUUUUCAGCAUUGGCUUUUUUUUAUUCGGUCAAAUUUAUUCAAAUCUAUCCACAAAUUGUGUAUGUUUUCAGCCCAAUUUGAAUAAUUUGACAAUACACAUUUAAAAAAAAAAUUUGCUUUCUAUAUUUCAGGAUUUGUACGGUAACGAAGGUGUCUAUGAAGAGCAGCAUGUACCAUCCAAGUUACAAAAAGCAGCACAGAAGCACAGUAUGCCCUUCUCCCCAUCAUCUAACAAAGCCAGCAAUGUGAAAAUGGUUGUGCAGUGUGAAGAAUGCCUCAAGUGGCGAGUAUGCUAUGCUGCUCGUGUUCUUAAGCAGGACCAGAAGCAACAACUAGAGCUUGAACUGGACACACUGUCAUACUCAUGUGGUGCUUACUUCCAAGACAUAGAUACAGGUGGUGAUGAUGAUUCUGUGUUCAAUCAUAUAUAUGUGAACGACAAGCUGACCUGUGACAUGCCAAUUGAGGCAGCUUAUUUUGUGACAUUCAGCGACCCAUUGUGUUUUUAUUGCGGGUCUGAACAUAACCUGGAAGCAAACGAUGGUCAAGAUCCACUAUGUGACAUCUGCAAAGCCAGUGGUAAACAACCUCACAGUAAGAAUACAAGGGCUUUUGUCCCUCGUUAGACUGAUUUCAUAUAUGACAUUGGAUUUGGUGAAAGGUCAUACCAGCAAUAGCUGCCAGAAAAUAUCAGACUGUGUAUUUCCCUGGUAUUUGUAAAGAAUGUAGAAACUAGUCAAUUUUUGAGACAUGACAUGUCAUUUUCAUAUCUUUUUCCCCAGAGGUAUCAUUUUGACGCAAGACUUGAAAGGUUGUACACUUUUCUAUUUCCAAGCAACCAAAGGCAGAUAUGACCUUUUCUUGAAAACCCUAUCAAUAGAUACAUAUGAUCAACAUCCAAAUUUGAUAGACAUUUGACAGUACAGAAAGUAUGCACACUUUGAACCAAUAGUAAUUUUUUAGGUACAUUUUUAUUGAUCAUGACUUAAGAUGUAUCUGCUGAAAGUACUAGAGUCAUACAUUGUAAAGUUUGCAAACAGCAGUAGGAAAUUUUUAAGGUCUUUCUGCCAGGACUGGUUAAAAUUAAAUGUUUUAUUUGGAGUUUAGCACAAUAUUUUGAACGUCCAAAAUAUAUACAGACUUCAAUUUAAAAAGAUGGAAAACAUGAGGCAACUUUACUGGCUUGCUGUAGAACAAAAGUGGUAUUGAGAAACUUACUGACUUUAAUAGUUUUGGCUAGUUGGAUGUGUAUCCUGCACAUAUAUAUGGCAUAUGUUUUUAACACCUAAUAUCUAGCAAAUUUAAUAUACAUAUUUUGGGUGUGACAAGUUUCAAUCAGCUAAAAAUUUGACUAAAAAUUAUAACUACAAUGCUUCAUGUAAGAACAGAACUGGUUGGGAUAAAAUGUUGCUUGCAAUUUUAAUAAUACAAACUAUUUAAAAUAAGUUAAUUAAAGAAAAACAUGGAAAGAAACAAUACAAGUGUAUCUCAACCUUUACCUUGGUAAAGGAACGGGUUAUUAGGAAUCGUGAUAAUGUAGAGUGGUUGAGAUGACCAACAAAGACGGUAAAAUACUAGGAUUGAUGCUAAAUAUGAACAAUGCUUGCCAAUUUGAUGAUACAAAAGUUAAACAUAUUAAUUGGACACAAACCAUUUGAAAACUAAUAGACCUUUGAAUAUCUGUGCAGAAACAGGUUAUUAGGAAUACUGAUAAUGUAGAGUGGUUUAAUCAUUUAGAUGAGCAAUGUAAGAAGGGUGAUGAAGAUAGAAUCAAAUACAGAUUUUGCCAUGACCUAUUGUAAGAACUUGGACUGUUCUCCUGUAAGAUCAUCUGUAAGAUAAGACAAAAUAAAUGCUAAUAUUAAAGGAUAUAAGAUAUGAAAA